UCUACACUGGAUGGAACCGCGUCCUCGAGGCAUCGGCGAGUUUCCUCCAGAUUACGGAGAAAAUUCAAAUUUCUUUACUUGUGUUUUUGAACACAAUGGCAUAUUCUGUGGGCUGGACGAGAGAAGAACAUUCUGGGGAAGCACUCAAGAGGAGUAUGAUUAUUGUGAUGCCAACACAUGGUCAAGGGAUAUGAUUAACUAUGUAUUGCAACAUUUGGGAUAUGACAUUGCUAGUCCUGAGUUGCAUGCUUACUUGUGCUUGCCUGGAAGGACAUGCUCGAUGGUAUCAUCUGUUUGGAUAAUGAAGAAGCAAUUACUGUCAUGGCAAGAGCAGGCAAAGAGAACAGAAGCCUGCAUGUUAUUGUGGAUGAGAGAAAUCAUAUCAAAUCUUCAUGGGAUGAUGUCAUAUACAUAGGGUGCCCUGAACUCCAAAGGGUAAUGACUCCUAGGAAAAUGCUAAGUGGUUUUCACCCCGGUGAAGGCAGCUCAAGAAUUAGCAGUGCAUCUAUGGUUGUGAUCAAUGAAGCAGAGCCAGAAACUUAUGUGCAUCCAGUUCGUGAAGAGCAAGUACAUGAAGAAAAUGAAGAGGAAUCGGAUAAAGAUCUUCAAGAGGAAUCAGAGGAGGUGGAGGGAGAGGACAAUGAGAUGGAUGAUGACUUCUAUGAAAGUGAUUAUGAUGUUGCGGAUGGGGAUGAUGACCUCUUUGAGGAGAAUGUGGAGCUGCUUUGGUUGCAUAUAGUGUGAGGAAUCGAGUGAAAAUUAACAAAGGUAGAAAUGAGGCUGUGAGGUUGAAUGCAUUUUGUUCAGCAGGUUGCCCAUGGAUGAUGAAAGCAUCAAAGGACAACAGGACCGGAAGCAUUGUAAUUAAGAAAUACAAUGGCAAUCACACUUGUAAGAAAUCAUGGGAUGCCAAGUGUUUGUCGGUCAAACUGCUUACGAAAAAAGUUCAUUGAUGAGUUUAGAGACAACAAGAAGAUGGACUUGAUCACUUUUGGGAACAAAGUUCAGAGAGAGUUCAAGAUCAGACCCCAUAGAGUGAAGUUAGGAAGGGCACGAAAAGCCGCAUUAGAUUUGAUACAUGGUGAUGAAGAUGCUCAAUAUUGUCAGUUGUGGAACUAUGGUAGAGAGCUUAGAAGAAGUAAUCCUGGUAGUACUUUUCUUCUUGGUACUACUCCUAUUAAGGAGAAAAAAAUGAGGAGCCAAAGGAUCAUUUGUCAUCAUUGUAUUGGUCAUAUGAUGCUUGCAAGAGAGGCUUCUUAAAUGGUUGUAGGCCUAUUAUUUUUGUUGACGGAUGCCACCUAAAAAGUAGAUCCAUAGGUCAGUUACUAACUGUUGUUGGCAUAGACCCUAACGACUGCAUCUAUCCAAUUGCUAUGGGAAUGGUUGAAGUGGAAUCUACAUAUACUUGGGAGUGGUUUCUUACGACAUUGAAACACGAUCUGAACAUAGUGAACACCUCUCCAUUCACUAUAAUGAGUGACAAACAAAAGGGCUUAAUAAAUGCUGUUGGAAAGGUGUUCUCGGAUUUCGAACAUAGAUUUUGUGUUCGACAUUUGUACCAAAACUUUCAUGGGAUUUUCAAAGGAGAGACUUUGAAAAAUGAUCUCUGGGCAAUUGCAAGAUCCACUAAUGAGAUGAAGUUCAACAUGAAUAGAGAAAAGCUAAGAGAGGACAGCCCUAGUGCUUAUGCUUGGUUAGAGGCUAAACCUCCAAAUCAGUGGGUGAAGGCAUUCUUUAGUGUGUUUCCAAAAUGUGAUAUCCUAUUGAACAAUAUGUCGGAAGUGUACAACAGCUACAUAUUGGAAGCAAGGGAAUUUCCUGCCAUUUCAAUGAUGGAAUGCAUCAAGGGUAAGAUCACGGCAAGACAUGACAGCAAACAAAGGGAAGCAAUAAAGUGGACUGGAAGGAUAUGCCCAAAAAUCAGGAAAAAAUUGGAGAAGGAAAUAGAACUAUCUGCUAGUUGUUUUCCUAGUCAUUCUGGGUUGGGAGUGUUCUCUGUGUUAUCAGGGAACAACACAUACACGGUGGAUAUUGUGGCAUUGACCUGUGAUUGCAAGAGAUGGCAACUAAGUGGGAUACCUUGCAGCCACUCAAUUGCAUGCUUUAGGGAAGAAAGGAUAGAUCUAGAAGAGAUGGUCCAUAAGUGCUACACAAUAGAUACAUAUCUGGAAGCAUAUGGGCACAAUAUAAUGCCAACAAGAGUCAGGGCUCUUUGGGAGCAAGUGGAAGGUCCUAUCAUUCAUCCACCAGUAUACAAGAAGAGGAUGGGAAGGCCACCAAAGAACAGGAAGAAAACACCUGAAGAAAAACUUCAGAAGGAUGGCAGCAUUGCUCUGAACAAGAAAGGUGUGAGUAUGCACUGCUCAAUUUGUGGAAAAGCAGAUCACAACAAAAAAGGCCAUCAAAAGUUCAUGGAGAGGGAGAGGGAGAGGGAAGCUAAUGAGCUAUAAGAAGAAAUAGAAGACCCUUCCAUUAUAAAUGACAUCAGGACACACAUAGAGGACACAAGGAUGGAUCCCAUGCAUGUGCCUACCAGCAUGGUCAAUAGAAUGAGACAAGAGGAGAGAAUCCAUGUUUCAAAUGUCACAAACCCUGGUCCAUUGCCAGAAAUGUCAAGAUUUGUAGCUAAUGCUAGGGAAUCCAUUCCUGAGAGAAGAUCAACUACCACUACUACAACCAGGGGAAGGCUCAGGGGAAAAGGAAAAGCAAGGGCUCUAGAUCAGGGAGAAAUCAGUUGUACUGCAGGGAGAGGGAAAACUAAGAAAGUUAAAAGUGGGGAAGCAAUGCUUCAAGAGGUGGUGGAAGAGGGGGAAACAAUGCUGCAAUAAGUGGUGGAAGAGGCGGAAACAAUGGUGCAAUACGUGGUGGAAGAGGGGGAAGAAAUGCUGCAAGAAGUGGAGGAAGUGGAGUGAGAAGCAAUGUUGCAAGAGGUGGAGCAAGUGGUGGUGGAACGGUUGGUGGAAGGGGCUGGCCCCACCUUUUGUUUGGAGAAGAUGGAGGCAUGAGAGAUAGAUCCUUUCCAGAUCUAAAUGCAGAAGCAAUCCCUGGCCUUAAUGCUUCAGAAGAGAUCGAUAUAACCCAAAACGCGCCAACUGGUCAUGUUUAAUAGGAUGUUAGCAAAGUUCCAAGUCUGAACUUGAUAAGCCCUUCAUUUUGUUAUGCUUUAAAAUCAUUACUGUUAUGCAUGUCUUGACGAGAACAUGCUAAGCCAUUCAUUUUGUAAUGUUCUAAAUAUUCUGAAUUUCUUAA